AUGAUCGACGUCCAGAAAAGUUCAUCUUCAACUCUCAUCUUCCAGGACUUUUAUUUCACUACUCUCAUUUUGAUCUCACUUCAUUCUCACCUCACUUUCACGCUCACCUACGACAGGCUAACGAAAUUUGCUGCCCUUCACAUCUUCAUCCUGGGCGAGUCUCAUGGGUUUGACCUCUACUGCGAGCAUAUUGCCAAGGGCUUUGGCGGUGAUAUGGAGUGGAUUAAUGAGCCAUCACGGAUAAUCGCACGCGACAACGAAGAUGACCCGGCGGCUCCGAGCCAGGCAUCUACUGAUCACGCCAUGCCCAUUUCUGCAUUCACCGUCGAUACCGACAACGAUAUUGUGAUGUCUUCAAACACACGAAAGUGA